UUUGCAGUAAACCGACUUGAUCCGUUCACCUAUAAAAAUGAGCGAAUCCGCGUGAGCGCGGCACUCCCUUUUUCGGCGUUUGAAUUCACGCAGCUAGUGUGAACGAACGAGUGUAGUUCAAUCAAAAGCUACUUUAUGUGAUUGUUUAUGAUUUCAUGUUUUUACCCGUGAGAAGCGGAUGACUUCGUUCUUCAAUCUCGUGAAAUCGGUCCCAGCGUCUCUUAUUCGCUAGAAAUAGAUACCCGCCCACCGAUAACGGAUCAUUUGAAAAAUUGAUCUGUUUGUAAUUCGAAUCAUUCGAGAGCUCGUAUGAAGUUCUGGUAAAGCCAAGAAAAUGGCGCCACAGAUCAACCCUAUCGACGGUGAGCUAGGGGAGAUUUUGAAAAAAACAUUCACCAGUCAUUUUCGCAACGGUUACAUAACCGUGGAUGGUGUUUGUCUUCCGGACUAUUAUCAAAAAUUUGCCGACGCCAUUGAAAAUUUCGAAGUCAGAAAUGACGACGUUUGGGUGUGCAGCUUUCCGAAAACCGGUACUACAUGGACUCAGGAGAUGGUCUGGUGUAUAGCCAAUGACUUGGACUUCGAGAGGGGUAAAGUCCCCCUGCCAGAGAGGUUUCCGUUUCUCGAAUUAAGUUCCCUGUUCGAUUACACAGAUAACGGUCAUGUUUUGGAAUUAAGCCUUCCGGAAAUGACAUUGGACAGUGUGAAUUUUGUGAAAAACUUAGACAGCCCUCGUUUUAUCAAAACGCAUUUACCACUGGGCCUACUUCCGCGACAAAUAAGAACUGGUGAAAAAAAACCAAAGAUACUAUACGUAGCUCGCAAUGCAAAAGAUACGUGCAUCUCAUAUUUUCAUCACUCAACGUUGAUCGAAGGAUAUCGUGGAAGCUUCGAGGAUUUCUGCAAACUUUUCCUCGGCGAUAAAAUUGACUACGCACCUUUUUGGAAGCACGUGCUUGGUUUUUGGGAGAGACGCAACGACGACAACGUACUGUUUCUCAGAUACGAGGAUAUGAAGGCAGAUUUACCAGCAGUUAUUGAAAAAAGUGCGGAAUUUCUCGGUAAAAAAUUUACGAACGAUGAAAUCGCUACGCUCGCGGAACACUUGAGUUUCGCCAGCAUGAAAGCGAAUCCUGCGGUAAACUACGAAGGGGUUGUGGAGCUCAACAAGACUUUAAAAUGCAUCGAACACGAAGGAAAGUUCAUGAGAAGUGGGAAGGUCGAUCAAUGGAAGGGAGAUAUGUCCGCCGAAACCAUAGAACGUUUUGAUAAUUGGACUGAUGAAAAUUUGAAGAACACAGGGCUCUCGUUAAUGUUCACCGAUGCGAUUGAAAACUUUGAUGAUCGCGAUGACGACCUGCGAGCUUCCCCAAAACAGGAUUUGCCGUCGAUUUCGAAUAAGACGAUACAGAGUUUGUGGGCAAGAACUCGACGGCCUCCGGACUUAUCGAUAUUGACCGAUCGCCUGAAUUUCGGAAAGACCAAGCGCAAUUCGCAAUUGCUCGAAGAACAAGUUACGGUGACAGUGACCGAAGUAUUGAGAAUCAUGGCGCACGAAAUCAAACCGCAUACAGGAGAGGUAGCAGAUCUCUUGAAAAAGACUUUCACCGACAUUCACCGCAAUCCAACUGUGGAAAUCGACGGAUUUACGCUGCCGCAGAAUUUAAACAUGGACGAUAUCGAUAACUUCGAAGUUUAUGACGACGAUGUUUGGGUGUGCACAUUCCCGAAAUCAGGUACAACGUGGUCACUGGAGACUGUUUGGUGUAUCGCUAAUGACUGCGACUUCGAGAGGGCGAAGGAGGCCCUAUUUUCAAGGUUUCCUCACUUGGAAUUGACUUCCUUAUUCAAUGUCGAAGAACACGCCAGACGAAUUCGUCCUGGGGUGACUCAACCGGCAUUCUUUUUGGACAGCAUUGGUUAUUCGGCGAAGCAGGCGAGGCCAAGAUUCAUCAAGACUCACCUUCCAUUCCAACUACUUCCCCGACAAAUAAAAACUGGAGAGAGGAAACCAAAGAUAAUAUGCGUUACUCGUAACCCGAAAGAUAAUUGUAUAUCCUACUUUCAUCACUGCAAAAGGGUAGAAGGAUUCACAGGAACUUUCGAAGAGUUCGCCAAGUUAUACCUCGAUGAUGCAGUUCUAUACGCGCCAUUCUGGAAACAUAUUCAAGGUUACUGGGAACGGCGGAACGAGGACAAUUUUAUGCUCAUUACAUUCGAGGACAUGAAAAAGGAUUUGCCAUCGAUUCUCCGCAAACUCGGCAAGUUUCUGGGCAAGAACCUCACGGAUGAUCAAGUGACCAUUCUGAAUGACCACUUGACUUUUUCAAAGCUCAAAGACAACCGUGCAGUUAAUAAUCAAGAAAAUGCAGAAACCUACAAAGAAGAGUACCAACGUCAACGACAGGGUGAAUUCAUGCGAAGUGGAACCACUGGCCAAUGGAAGGCCGUGUUGACACCCGAACUAAAUCAGCAAUUCGAUGAUUGGACUCGCAAGAAUUCAAAUGGAAUCGACAUAUCACCAGAAUAAGAUUUUAAUGUAUACAUUUACCUAUAGAGAUAUCUACCUGUAGAGGUAGAGGUAGUGAUGUACAUUUUUUUUUUUACCGUAACGACGUAAUGUGUCAUGAAUAAAAUAUUCCAAAUAA